CUCGUGGCCGAGCACGUGAAGGCGGCCGGCGCCAUCUCCGCGGAGCUGGAGGCCACCACCCUGCGGAUCUGCGCGCGGGCGCUCGGCGUCUUCGUGCCCAGGUUUGAAAAGGCGUUUCUGGAGUCGGAGGCGGUGAGCGAGCCGCACUUGGGCGCCUACCUGAACGCCUGCGAGGAGCUCAGGACUAGCCUUCUGGCCAGGUUCCCGAGCACCCUAGAGGAGCUGGAGAAGCCCCUUGUAGCUGCCAUCUGCAGCUUCCAGAAACGCCUGCUUCAGGGCUUGCAGCAUGACAUACAGCCUCUCUUUAGGGUCGUGUGCACCAAGGACUGGCUGACACAGGACAUGCUUCAACCCCUCAUGGACAAGGUGGUGGCCUUUGCUGACCAUCUCGGGCAUGUGGCCCAGCCGCAUGCACAGGAGACCCUGCAGGAGGUACACCGGUUCGUGGUCCGUGAGUACCUGGCGCAGACCCUGAGGCCACGUGAGCGGUUCCGGGGUGAAGAACGUGUGAACAGCUCCCAGAAGAUGAGCCUUGACGCCCAGGCCAUGAGCAACACCUUCCAGGGCUUGGGCUCUAAAGCCAAGUGGCUGGACCCAGCCAUCCAAUGCGUGGCUGACAUCUUGGGGGAAACUUACAAGGAUGACAUCCGGAGGCAUCUGGAGGCACUCAUCCAGAGCUACCCUGACAUCAGGCGUGACCACGUACUGGCCAUCCUGGCGCUGCGCCGACUGGGCCGCCGACGGAACCGGAGCCUCUUGCAACAUGCUCAGGAUCUGCUGAGGGCUGCGGCCCAGGCAGGGGCCCCGGGGAAUACCAGGGAGCGUGUGCUCUUUGAGGAGAUCGAGGUGUCCACCUCCGUAGAUGUGCUGAUCACCUGCAUCUAGUGCUCUCUUGCCUAAGAAGGCUGUCCCCAGGUGGGGGG